AUGCACUUCCCUCCCACCAGCGUCUCCGUCGCCCUCCUCUUCGCAUCCUCGGCCCUCGCGGCAGCGGUCACCCGCAACGACCCUCAUCAGGCCGACUUCCGCACCUUUGGCGUCGCGGGCUGCUCCGAGGACAACCAGGGCGUGUACACGCUGACCCAAUCCAACGUGGGUACCUGCAAGCCCUUCACCGCGCCCAUCGGGAGCAUGUCUGUCACCAACAACCUCUGCAAACAAUACAGGUCUAACCCGCGUGCCCGCUCAGUAUACGUGUACGACGACGAAGCUUGCUCGGCGGGGGAGACGGAGCUCCCCGUCGGAUCAUGCCAGGACGGGGCUUGGCUGUCGUAUAAGCUUUACAUCCACAGCCGAAAGCCUCUCGACAAGUACAUCCCACAAGCCAUCGAAUGGAGACGCCGUAGCAAGGUCCUACACACCCGUCAUCUCGCCAAACCCUUCCACCCCAAGCGGACGCUCUUGUAG